AUGAAUAAUAAACUUAUUGAAAACGACGUAGAAGAGUGGUUAGCUAUGGAUAUUCCUGACAAUCACAUACUAUCUGAGGACGAAUACGACUUAGAUGAAGAUCAAAUGGACGAAGAAGCCCCAAACCAGGUAGAAAUAAUUGAUCGUUUAUUUUUACCAACUGGCCAGGACAUAGAAAGUAGUAGUAAGGAUUUAGAAUUAUUAGAAAACAAUGAUGACAUGCUAGUUUUUGAUUUCCCUGAGUUCUCUAAUGAUAAUAAUGACGUUCCUACUAAUGCUGAUAAUCCUAGUCUUAUGAGAAUUUUAAGACCAAGAACUUCUACUACACUUAUAGAAAAUAAUGUUCAAAAUAACCCGAUAGUUAUUGUUCCUAAUUUACCGGUAACUCCAGACCCAGUACUUCAAACUGAAAUAAAUCGACAGUGGAGAAAGAAAGACGAAACCACUAUUGAGUUACCGUUAUAUAAUGAAAAUAAAAGCUGUAAUGUAGAGAUGUUCAAGAAUUGUAAAAGUGCGACAGAUAUUUUUGUAAAACUUCUAAAUCCAAUUAUUGAUCAUAUAGUUGAUCAAAGUAAUUUAUAUGCAACACAAAAUAACAAAACACUAAAGUUAUCUGCAGAUGAAUUAAUGGGCUUUAUCGGAAUUAACUUUUGCAUGGGAUAUCAUAAGUUACCAUCUUAUAGACACUACUGGAGUACUGCAAAAGACCUACAUUUUAUAACAAAUAAUAAAGAUAAACUUUACAAGUUACGUCCAAUGAUAGAUUUGUUAAAUAAAACAUUUUCUGAAGCAUAUAAUGGAACACGCGAGCUCAGUGUGGACGAGUCAAUGAUAAAGUUUAAAGGACGUAGCAGUAUAAAACAAUACAAUCCCAUGAAACCUAUAAAGCAACUAGAGUUCGAAGAUUUCAAUCUGGGAGAAAGAAUAGUGCUAAAGCUAACCAAGCCAUAUAGGAAACAGUCCCGACUUAUAUUUUUCGAUAAUUACUUUACGUCUAUAAUAUUACUGGAAAGAUUGAAGACAGAACAGACGUUGGCAUGUGGCACCAUAAGAUCUAAUCGGAAAGGAAUGCCAAAUAAUUUGAUGAAAGAUUCUGCAAUUGCACGUGGGGAAUACGACUGUCGUUUUUCUACUUCUGGUAUUGGUGUAUUCAAGUGGCGUGAUAAUAAAACUGUGCAUUUCGCAUCUAAUUAUCACGGAAACGAAGUUACAAGUGUUCUAAGAACGAUGAAGGACGGUUCAAAAUUAACAACAAAAUGUCCUCCCGUGGUAAAAGACUACAAUAAUUUUAUGGGAGGUGUCGAUUUAGCGGAUAGAUAUAGGUCAUUGUACAAUGUUGAUCGGAAAUCAAAUAAAUGGUGGUUGAGAAUAUUCUGGGGACUCCUCGACAUUACAUUUGUGAACACCUACGUCAUUUACUGUGAGAUGUUCGAUGACACGGAUGUUUUGGAUGUACGUCGAUCCAUCGCACUUGGUCUUAUGACAUUACGCAGUUUACCAUCAAGAAGAUCAGUCAGUUUGAAAAGAGCAGCUCCUAAAACCCCAACAACUCGCAGAGGAAAACAGUUAUCCAAUACAAAAGAUGUUAGAUUAGGAAACAGAGGAAUUCAUUGGGUGGUCUACGGUGCCAAUAGAUGA